AUGUACCCUGAUUUGUAUAAGGGACUAAACUUGAAGCAGGAAGACCUGUCGCCAUACGAUUCCCCCCUGGUUAGCUUUGACGGAAAGGUCGUCAUUCCGAGAGGCUUGAUUAGGUUGCCUGUGCAAACAGACUCAGAUAUAGUAGAAGUGAACUUCAUCGUCGUAGAUGCAUUACUCCCCUUACACAGCUAUCGUGGCCCGGCCAUGGCUUCAUGCACUAGGGGCUGUGUCGUUAACCUUGCACCAAAAGGCAGUGAGGGGCCAGCCACGGAGGUGAACUGUGAGGAGUUGGAGAAAGUACUGGUCGGAUCUGACCCCGAGAGAUUUUUUCAAAUUGGUUCAGAGUUGCCGCCCCGAGAGAAGUUAGCACUAGCAGCUUUCCUCCGACAGAAUAUAGACGUGUUUGCUUGGGACCCCUAUGAGGCUCCCGGGGUCGACCCAGGUUUCAUCUGCUACCACCUUAAUGUGAAUCCGGCUAUAACCCCUAAGCGGCAGGCUCCUCGGCAACCAUCGAAAGAACAUGCCGAGGCCGUGAGAGAAGAGGUCGUAAGACUGAAGAAAGCUGGGGCUAUCAAAGAGGUGAUGCCCUUUGGCCUGAAAAAUGCCGGGUCAACCUAUCAAAGGAUGAUGACCAAGAUGUUUGAACAGCAGAUGGGUAAAAGCGUUGAAGUGUACAUAGACGACAUGGUGGUUAAAAGCAAAGUAGGUCCAGAUCAUCUUGAAGACCUCGGCAAUGUUUUUCAAAUACUGAGAAAGUAUAAGCUACGACUGAACGCAGCCAAGUGUUCGUUUGGAGUGGGAUCAGGAAAAUUCUUAGGUUAUAUGGUGACUCACAGAGGCAUAGAGGUUAACCCUAACCAGAUAAGAGCCAUUCGUAGCUUGCAGCCUCCUCGGAACCCUAAAGAGGUCCAGAAGCUUACUGGUAUAAUAGCUGCUUUAAACCGUUUCAUUUCACGUUCAGCAAAUAGAUGCAGGCCAUUUUUCCUCCUAUUACACAAGUGGAAGGGAUUUGAGUGGAAUGAAGACUGCGCUGUAGCUUUCCAACAGUUAAAGGAGUACCUCGCCCGACCACCAAUUAUGUCCAGUCCAGAUGCCGACGAGGUUUUGUUUGCCUACAUUGCGGUAGCCCCGCAUGCGGUGAGCUUGGUGCUAAUUCGAGAAGACAACGGCACACAGCGACUAGUCUAUUACGUUAGUAAAUCACUGCACGAGGCAAAAACACGUUAUCUUCCCCUCGAGAAGGCUAUCUUGGCUGUCGUGCAGGCCACGCGAAAGCUUCCGCACUACUUUCAAGCACACACUAUGGUGGUGCUAACACAACUCCCCAUAAAGUCUGUCCUACACAGCGCCGAUUACACAAGUAGAAUUGCAAAGUGGGGAACGAUCCUGGGCGCUUUCGAUAUUAGGUACAUGCCUCGUACUGCUGUAAAGGGUCAGGUCCUUGCCGACCUAAUAGCAGAGUUUGCGGAGCCCACGCUAGAGGAACAAAACGUUGCGGGAUCACUAGGGGCUGAUGAGAAGAUGAUCAGCACGGUCUCCCAGCAUGAAAACACCUGGUGGAAAGCGCACGUCGAUGGCGCAGCAAACCAAAGGGGCUCAGGGUUAGGACUUGUCCUGCUCUCACCUGAAGGGAUAACCAUAGAGAAGUCAUUGAGACUCGGGUUUUCAGCCACGAAUAACGAAACCGAAUAUGAGGCGCUAUUGGAGGGAAUGGGAAUGAUCCGAAAAUUGGGGGGAAAAUCCGUAGACAUGUUCUCAGAUUCAAGACUUAUUGUGGGGCAGGUAAAUGGAGAGAUGGAGACAAAGGAUGAAAGAAUGCAAGAGUAUCUAGUUAGGGUUAAGUACCUGCAGACCCAAUUUCAUCACUUCCGCUUGACACACGUACCCAGAAGUGGGAACACUCAUGCUGAUUCUCUCGCGACGUUGGCUACCUCCUCGGCUCAAUCCCUACCUCGGGUUAUUCUGGUAGAAGAGAUCCUCCGUCCACUAACUGAGAAGGCCAAUGGGGUUGGAAUACAUAACAUCAGGGCAGGACCGAGCUGGAUGGACCCUAUCGUUCUGUACUUAAAGCAUGACACCUUGCCUGAUGAUAAGGUUGAGGCUGGCAAAAUCAGGAGAAAAGCAACUCGAUUCUGGUUGUCAGAGGACUCCAAGCUUUACAGACGCUCGUUCUCAUGGCCAUAUUUGCUGUGUGUGCACCCAGAGGCUGUAGAACUCAUCCUGGAAGAGUUGCACGAAGGAAUUUGCGGAAGUCACACGAGGGGUAGGUCUUUGUCUCACAGAGCCUUAACGCUGGGUUAUUGGUGGCCGAGCAUGCAUAAGGAAGCCCUGGAUUAUGUGAAGAAGUGCGACCAAUGCCAAAGAUUCGCUCCGAGCAUACACCAGCCUGGUGGAAAGCUAAACCCAUUGUCCAGUCCCUGGCCAUUUGCGCAAUGGGGCCUAGAUAUACUUGGUCCGUUCCCCAAGGCAACAGGGAACAGAAAAUUUCUUCUCGUCGGCACCGACUACUUCACCAAAUGGUUUGACAGCAAAGCCUUCAGAAGAUACUGCAGUGAGCUAGGAAUUGUUAACCGGUACUCCACGCCAGCUUACCCCCAGAGUAAUGGACAAGCGGAAGCCGUCAAUAAAACUAUAAUGAACGGACUGAAAAAGAGACUAGAUGACGCAAAAGGAAGAUGGGUAGAGGAGUUAGCCCAUGUCUUGUGA